AUGGCCGACAAAACAGCCAUUCUUUCCCAAAAAACAAAACAUAGCAGAACAAGUUGGUCCGAACUUCCAAUUGACCCUUUUCAACUGAUCUUAUCAAAACUGUCCCCAGGAAACAUACUGCGGCUCGAAGCAGUUUGUCGUCCAUGGCUUAAGGCCAUCAAAUACAUCUCGCGCUCAUCGCCGUCCUUCACUUGCUUACCAGAGCCGCCGCUGCUCCUUGCUUUUCAAGACGAGGGCAAAGAUGGUGCUGGUUUUUACAGUCUUGAAGGCAAGUUUUACAACAUGCCUAAACAGUUCUGCCAUGGAGAUAGUAUUUGCAUUGGAUCCUCUCACGGCUGGCUGCUUUUCUUGAGCAACAAGAAACAACUGCUGCUCUUAAAUCCCGUAUCUGUAGGGAUCCAGCUUCUGCUCCCACCACUUGAUACUCUUCUGUAUAGCAUUGAUCCAGUACUCCAGAAGUCUGGGAGACAUUGGCGACAAAGGAUGCUCAAGGUUGCUGUCUCUUUGCAACCAACCUGCGGCAACAAAAAAAGCAUUGGGGUCUUGCUAAUGUACAAUUACCACGGUUCCAAAGAUGGGUGUAACUGUCUUGCUUUCUGCACGCCUGCAGAUAACAAGUGGACAAAGCUUGCCGGGCAGAAAGCGUAUGUUGAUGUUACGAGCGAUCGCAAUGGCUUCUAUGCCUUAAACGUAGAUUGCAGCGUUGAAGUCUGGGAUUUCACCAAUUCCUUGAUUCCCAUAAAAAAGUUGGAAAUUAUCCCAGCUGGUGCGCCCUUGUAA